GCUUGUCCAUGUAUAUUUAGUAAAAUGUGCACACGUGCUUUGUGUCGCUGACCAAUUUUGCAUUUUAUUUUAAGAGAAAAAAGACAAUAAGUAGUUUUUAAAACGCUUUCACUUUCGAAUUCUUUGUUACGCACAAGGAAAUUAUCCUUGACGCUUUGACAGUCGCCUUCCUCAUUUUGGAAAACCUAACACCUAUAAUAUAAAAUAUAAUUAGAAUAUCGUUUAUCCACUGAAAUACAUAAUGGCUCUUCUCGAAGUCAGUGGUUUUAAGCCCUUUUCUGAUCUCCGUGGACACAGUCUUCCAGCAGGACGGACGCAUCUCGUCGACCGAACCAGCCACUACAACUUUGGGACCAAAACUCAAGAAUUUGCGGUCCCUCUGGGUGUGGACCCUUCAGGGUUUCUCAAGUCCUGUAACAAUGACGGAGGUGUGUGUAUUGACCUGAACCAUGGUACGACCACCCUGGCCUUCAAGUUCAGACAUGGAGUCAUUGUGGCUGUGGACUCCAGAGCCUCGGCGGGCCGUUACUUAGCAUCCAACGAUGUCAACAAGGUCAUAGAGAUCAACCCCUACCUGCUGGGCACCAUGUCGGGCAGCGCUGCAGACUGCCAGUACUGGGAGAGACUCCUGGCUAAAGAAUGCAGGCUGUACAAGCUGAGGAACAACCACAGGAUCUCUGUGGCUGCUGCCUCCAAGCUGCUGUCCAACAUGAUGCAGGGUUACAGAGGCAUGGGCCUCUCCAUGGGGAGCAUGAUCUGUGGAUGGGACAAAGAGGGCCCUGGUCUGUACUAUGUGGAUGACAACGGGACACGUCUGUCUGGUCGUAUGUUCUCCACCGGCUGUGGGAACAGCUACGCCUACGGUGUGGUGGACAGCGGUUACAGGGAAGACAUGACGGUAGAGGAGGCGUAUGACCUGGGCCGUCGGGGGAUUGCUCACGCUACACAUAGGGACGCCUACUCUGGUGGAGUGGUCAACAUGUACCACAUGCGGGAGGACGGCUGGAUAAAGGUGUGUAAAGAAGACGUAUCAGAGCUGAUCCAUCGUUACAGGAAGGACAUGUUCUGACUUUGGCCUCUAAACCUGGAUCAACAUGAACACUCUGAAAAUCUGAGCUGUCUUUUUAAAAAUUGUGUAACUUUUUAAAUUUGUAUUUCGACAAAAAUACAAAUAGUUGACAUGUGAUAGCGGAGUGUGUCAGGAAGUCUCUGGUCCACUUCUGAUUCUGGAUCAGUGAAAUGUCAGUCAACGCAUGAAUAAUGGAACAGAAAAAUGUUUUACCCUGCAAAUGAAUGUGAACUUUACAGAGGCAGAUUGUCGUCAUUAAAUUGUUAAGAUUUGGUUAUUGUUCUUCAUAUUAUGUAACAGCGCCCUGUACAUGUAGAUACCAGAGCUCUCCAUGUUUGGUUCGGAGUAUUUUGUGCUCUGUGUUAAACAGACGUCCUGUUAAAAUGAUCCUACACAUCACAGCUCUAAAUAAAAACUCACUGUUGUUUGACUC